AUGCAGAACAACCACCACAAGGAGCACCUCUAUAAGAUCCUUGUGAUAGGGGACCUCGGGGUCGGCAAGACCAGCAUCAUCAAGCGGUAUGUCCACCACAACUUCAGCCCCAACUACCGAGCCACCAUCGGCGUGGACUUCGCCCUCAAAGUCCUCAACUGGGACCAGGAGACUGUGCGCCUUCAGCUGUGGGACAUCGCAGGUCAGGAGAGGUUUGGCAACAUGACUCGUGUGUACUACCGUGAGGCCAUGGGCGCUUUCAUUGUGUUCGACGUCACCAGGCCCGCCUCCUUGGAGGCCGUGGCUAAAUGGAAGGAGGACUUGGAUUCCAAACUGACACUUGCCAAUGGGAAGAAUGUAGCCACUGUGCUUUUGGCUAAUAAAUGUGACCAGGGCCGGGACGUGCUCACGAAUAACGGAAUAAAGAUGGAGCAGUUUUGCCAGGAGAACGGAUUUGUGGGAUGGUACGAGACAUCUGCCAAGGAAAACAUCAACAUCGACGAAGCAGCGAACUGCCUGGUGAAACACAUCAUCGCCAGCGAGAAAGACCUGCUCCAAUCGGAAGUCCCCGACACCAUCACCCCGCAGUUAGAGAAUGAUAAAGGCGGGACAUGCUCGUCCUGCUUCAGAUCCCAGUAACAGCUCCUGACAACUGGAUGUCCUUUUGUAUCUCAUUUACACACCAAGUCGAGUUUGUCUGUGAGCAAGAGGCAGAGGAGGAACUGCUUUGGCUUUUCGUGAGGAAGGAGGAAAGUAGUGGUGCCAACGUGUCUCCACUCUGGUUGCCCAGGGUGUGUAUGUGUGUGUGUGUGUGUGUGUGGGGGGGGGGGUUACAAAGAGGCAGCUGGUCUAAGAAUUGGAUGGAUUGAGUCAGAGGGAGA